AUGGUUCUCGCCGACACACUACUCUGCGUCAACUCGAUCAUCGGCUAUUUCUGCAAUGGAAUCCUGGUGUACUGUAUCCUGGCCACGCCCAAUUCCAGGAUGGGCACUUAUCGUACGCUGCAAUACGUUACCGCACGCAAUUUCCAGGUGACGUACAUUCGCGAUUUCUACGUCAUUUUCUACUCCUCGUCCUACUUGGGGCAAUGCGGGCUUGUGGGUUAUCUGGCCCUUUUGGCGUACUGCUCGCUGUUCGCCCAAUCCAACAUGCUGCUCGCCUUCCACUUUGUCUAUCGCUAUAUAUGCAUUUGCAGAACGGAACUGCUGCAAUUCCUGAACGAGCCGGUGAUGCUGAUGCCGGCGAUCGUGGCCUACAUGUUCUACACGUGGCUCUGGAUCAUCUCCGUUCAUCUGUUUAUGGGCAGCACCCCCGAUUUCCUGGGCCGAGUCGCCGCCGAUUUUCACGAAUUCUCCGGCUUUUGGCCAAACGAGACGGCCGUUGUUGGGAAUCAAUAUCUG